AUGCCAGUCAGGAGACGAGGCGCCGUGAGUGCACCUCCUCGAACGCGUCGCAAGGGCAAAGUGGGCAAGUCACUUGGCCAAACUCAGCAACCACUCCAAACAGCAGGCACUCAACAGCCACUCACUUUGAUACGGGAGGCCCUGAAUCAAACCAAGUGUACUUCAUCGGGGGACGGUGGAUCCUCAGGCUUGGAGAAAUAUACUGUUAAUCGAGUAAGUGUUAUCGAUGCAAGUAUUAAAUGGGAAAGAAAUUCUAAAGACACUCUCAACCUUGUUUAG